AAUUGUUGUACAGUGAGUGAUCCAGUAGAAUUUUUUUGGAAGAAAAAAAAGCACGUCGUAACCUACAGAAAUUUCAGUAUAAAUAGUCAAGUGAACAAACCAACAGUUGAUAUUAGAAAGAAAGGCUAUUCGAGUAAACACAAAGGCAGAAUGACAACAUUAAUCAAUGUUUCAAAUCCAUGUCAACUGGACAAUGGGUCAUUGAACCAAUCGACAUAUCAAAUAGAUGAAUUGAUCAAAAAAUUGAGAAUAAUCUUUGACAGUGAUCAAGUUGAUGUCGAUGAAUUAGAGAAAAUCUUAAGAGAUUUUCAUUGUGAUUUUUCAGAAUGGCAAAGAUUUACAUUUUUUAGUAAAACAGGUUAUACACGUAAUCUUGUUGAUGAAGGCAAUGGAAAGUAUAAUCUUUUAUUACUAUGUUGGUCUGGAGGUCAAAAAACUGGCAUACAUGAUCAUGCUGGCUCUCACUGCUUUGUUAAAGCCAUAAAAGGUCAAGUUAAAGAGACUAUUUUCAAUUGGCCAAAAGACUUCUCACUAGAAAAAUUAAAUGAUUUCAAUAAUCAUAGUGAUAUCCCAUUGACAGUGAAGUCAACUCUGGUUAUGAAUCCUGGUGAUGUCACAUAUAUGCACGAUAAAAUUGGCAUCCAUCGUUUACAGAAUGCUAGUGAUACUGAGCCAGCUAUUACACUUCAUCUAUACUGUCCACCAUAUCAAGAAUCUAUAAACUUUGAAGAGACAACAUGUAAAGCUAAAAAGUGUGAAUUAACAUUCUACAGCAAAUUUGGUAGACAAAUUGAGUAA